UUCCGCGGUGGAGAACACUUCGAAGACGUCACACAGGAGGAAGAACAAAACAAGAUGGCGUCUGGCGGAGAAUACGUUGUUUUGGUUCUUAUGGUUUCUUGGUCUUAAUUACAACGUACAUGUGCACAUGCGUGUCGUUUAACAGAGUAAACGUCGUUAUUAAUUGUUUGUAUGCGGAUACAUUAGUCUGAGUGCACUUUGACGUGCUAGCCAAGCCUGCUGGUUAGCUUAGCUUGUUAGCUGCUAACAAAGAGAGGCGGAAGUGAUCGACACAUCAAAGCAGAGAUCCAAUGACCUGUUUGUCUUGGGAGACCCUACCAGAGUGCAUGAAAGCCCCCAGACAACAUAGCUCCUAGGAUCAUUGGGACACGCAAAUUCCUCUACCACGACGUCUGUUAAGAACAUCUUCACCCUGAGCAACAGAAGUGGAGCUUUAGGAUGCGGAUGGAGGAUCCACAGCCCUCCCACAUUAAGAAGGAAGAGGAAUACCCACCGAUCCCCCAUUUUAAAGAGGAAGAGGAGGACCCACUGACACCCGGAUUUAAAGAGGAAGAGGUAGAGCCACUGAGCCCUCACAUCAAGGAUGAAAAGGAGGACCCACUGACCCCUCACAUUAAGGAUGAAGAGGAGGAUCCACUGACCCCUCACAUUAAAGAGGAAGAGGAGGAACUCAGCAUCAGUCAGCAGGGAGAGCAUCUUGAAGGACUGGAGGAGGUUGAUGUCACCAAGAUGCCAGUGACUGGUGUCCCUGUGAAGAGUGAAGAUGAUGAGGUCAAAAGUGAAAGUGAGGAGAGGGGAGGGGCGGAGCCUCCAAGCAGCAGCUCAACACAACACAUGACAACAGAAGCUGAUGGAGACCACUGUGGAGGAUCACAAGCAGACAAGCUCUUAGCUCCACUAUCAGAUAGUGAGGACACAACGUCACACUCUCCUGACACUGAUGAUGAAGACUCUAAAGAUGAUAAGACAUGUCACACUGACAACACUCACUUCACAUGUUCUCACUGUGACAAAACUUUUAAAUACCAUUGGUAUCUGAAAAGACAUAUGAGAAUGCACACCGGAGAAAAACCUUUUAUCUGUUCAAUAUGUGGUAAAGGUUUUGUAGAAAGUCAGAGUUUGAAAAAACACACAAUAUUACACACUGGAGAAAAAUCUUUUGUAUGUUUAAUCUGUACUAAAGGUUUUGUUGAAAGUCGCAAUUUGAAAGUACACAUGAGAACACACACUGGUGAAAAACCUUUUAUCUGUUCAAUCUGUGGUAAAGGUUUUGGACAAAGUCACCAUUUGAAAGCACACAUGAAAAUACACACUGGUGAAAAACCUUUUUCUUGUUCAAUAUGUGGUAAAGGAUUUGCACACAGUUCCUGUUUGAAAAAACACAGAACAAGACAUACUGGAGAAAAAUCUUUUAUCUGUUCAAUCUGUAGUAAAGGUUUUGUUCUAAGUAACGAUUUGAAAGUGCACAAGAGAACACACUCUGGUGAAAAACCUUUUAUCUGUUCAAUCUGUGGUAAAGGUUUUACAGAAAGUCAAUAUUUGAAAGUACACAUGAGAAGACACACUGGUGAAAAACCUUUUAUCUGUUCAAUCUGUAGUAAAGGUUUUGUAGAAAGUCGCAAAUUGAAAGAACACAUGAGAACACACACUGGUGAAAAAACUUUUUCUUGUUCAAUCUGUGGCUUAUCUUUUAAAAGGAAGGAACAUUUAAAAGUGCACUUUGGAUCACACACUGGUAAAAUACCGUUUACCUGUUCAAUUUGUAGUAAAGGUUUUGUAGAAAGUCGCAACUUAAAAGUACACAUGAGAAUACACACUGGUGAAAAACCUUUUAUCUGUUCAAUCUGUGGUAAAAGUUUUGUACAAUGUAACCAUUUGAAAAGACACAUGAGAACACACACUGGCGAGAAACCUUUCUCUUGUUCAAUCUGUGAUAAAGGUUUUGCACAAAGUCACAAUUUAAAAGUGCACAUGAGAACACACACUGGUGAAAAAACGUUUUCCUGUUCAAUCUGUAGUAAAGGUUUUUUAGAAAGUCGCAAUUUGAAAGUUCACAUGAGAACACACACUGGUGAAAAACCUUUUAUUUGUUCAAUCUGUGGUAAAAGUUUUGUCCAAUGUGGCCAUUUGAAAAGACACAUGAGAGCACACACUGGUGAAAAACCUUUUUCUUGUUUAAUCUGUGGCUUAUCUUUUACAAGGAAGGAACAUUUGAAAGUACACAUGAGAACACACACUAGUGAAAAACCCUUUUCCUGUUGAACCUGUGGUAAAGGUUUUACACAAAAUCAGUGUUUGAAAAGACACACAAGAACACAACACUGGUGAAAAAUCACAUUCUUGUUCAAUCUGCAACAGAAGCUUUUGUGAACAAUCAAACCUUGUAGCACACAUGAGAACACACCCAGGAGAGAAAGUGUUGAGUUGCAGUGUGUGUGGUGAAAGAUUCUCUUCUAAGUACCAGUGUAAGAAACACAAGUGUGCUGGUGAGAACAGCAGCAGCAAAUGAAACUGCAGGAUUUGAAAUAAACUGUCAAGACUUUAAUGUUGACUUUCUAACAACAUCAGCACAUAUAACAUGUGUGACAUUGUUGUUUGUGGAACAAUAUCUUUAAUAUGCUUCUACAUUUAAUAUUAUAUUAGUGUUUUUUCAGUCAUGUAAAUGCAUUAAUAUGCAACAUCGUGUACUUUUAUUAAAAAAUAAACAGAACAAUUUGCUGAGCGUGAACAGUAGAAGACACAUGUUGUAUACAAUAAACAUUGUAUGUGUAUAUAUAUUCAUAGUACAAUUUUAGACUUAUUCAUAAUAGUCUUUUAUAUGUGUCUGAAAUAUUGAAGUAUUACAUAUUUGUAUUUCUAAUUGUUAAUAAUCCCAUAGAUUAACAACUUUAUAUGAUAUACAUAUUUACUGGUUCACAUCUGAAACAUCUUCUGGACCACUUCAGGAAGCAUAUUAAUAAUAACUUUAUACAUCAUUUUAACAGUUGUCUUUUAUACCAUUUUAAAAUGUGUAACUUUUUGAAUCAUUUGUUGUCUCAAUACCAUUUUAUUAAUGAUCUUUAUUACUCUCUUUUGUAAAAUGAGUAUUGUGUUGUGAUUGUUUUAUAUGUAUGUCCCAAGACCUUAUUGUAAUAAAAAAAUGGGAGAGAAAUUGGCUGAAUUGUUUUACAAAUUUCAAUUUGUGGAUUUAAAAAAAAAUCCCCAUGGCCUCAAUAAAUAAACGGGACGUCCCACAGAGUA